AUGGGUCAGGGGUACAUGUAUGGACAGGGAUAUGGGAACAGUAUCUUGAGAUGCAUCUCUACUCCCAGGACGGGCCUUCAAUCCCCACAAGCCCUGAACAAAGCCUUGUGCAAUGUGAUUGCGUCCCUCAUUUGUGGCCCUCACUUUGAGCAUGAAGACUGUUACUUCAUAAAGUUGCUAAAAACGAUGUCAGAAAGCUUAGGAGAGGACACUAGCUUCAUUGCUGAGGUGCUGAACGCAGUCCCAAUGCUCCUUCGCAUCUCAGCGGUGCCCGGCAAGGCCUUCCCUAAGCAGAAGGCAUUUGUGGACAUGCUGGAUAAGCUGUUGACUGAGCAUAAGAUGACCUGGGAUCCUGCCCAGCCACCCAGACAUCUGACUGAUGCCUUUGUAGCGGAAGUGAAGAAGGCUAAGGGAAAUCCUGAGAGCAGCUUCAAUGAUGAAAACCUGCACAUGGUGGUGCUUGAUCUGUUCUCUGCUGGGAUGGUGACCACCUCCACCACGCUGACCUGGGCUCUGCUGCUCAUGAUCCUGUACCCAGAUGUGCAGCGCCGUGUCCAAGAAGAGAUCGAUGAAGUCUUAGGGCAGGCACGGACUCCAGUGAUGGAGGACCAGGCCCGCAUGCCCUUUACAACUGCUGUGAUUCACGAGGUGCAGCGAUUUGGGGACAUCGCGCCAUUGAAUUUACCACACAUGACAUCUCGUGACAUUGAAGUACAGGGCUUCGUCAUCCCCAAGGGCACGACACUCAUCACCAACCUGUCCUCGGUGCUGAAGGAUGAGAGCGCCUGGGAGAAGCCCCUCCAGUUCCAUCCCGAACAUUUCCUGGAUGCCCAGGGCCGCUUCCUAAAGCCUGAGGCCUUCAUUCCAUUUGGCGCAGGCCGCCGCGCAUGCCUCGGGGAGCCGCUGGCCCGCAUGGAGCUCUUCCUCUUCUUCACCUGCCUCCUACAACGCUUUACCUUCUCGGUGCCCCCUGGACAGCCCCCGCCCAGUGCCCUAGGCAACUUUGCAUUACCAGUUGUCCCAAAGCCUUACGAACUCUGUGCAGUUCCACGCUAGUAGGAACACCAAUUCCAGUCUGGCUCUCCAGUAUCAGCUGAGAGGUGAAAUAAACCAGUUUUUAGCUGCUA